CAUGUUUGAUUUUUGUUGAGAUUAAAACUUCAAAAAAUUGUUUUAUAAUGGACAAACUUAAAUAAGCACUUGUUCAACCCUGAGUAAUAGGAUUUAAAAUUACCAUGAUUUACCAUGGGCCUUGUGGGUUUGUAGAAUGCAUUCACCUUCCAAGACCAAUGUAAGGGCACAAGUGACCGCAGAGGUUGGGAAUGUCAACAAUAAACAUUUUGUAUUAGCUCUCAAGGUUAAGAGUAUGCUUGAUCCUUGUGAAGAUGAAAAUGAUGACAUUCAAGACGAUGAUGUGAGCUUGGGAGCUGAUUUUGUACAAAGGGAUGAGCAUUCUGAAUCUGUCAGUGAGGUUAGCCAUUCGCAAGAUAACCAAUACAUAGUCACGCCAAUAGGUAAUUACAUGUCUUUGUGCUCGGCUGUUUCAGCUUGUUUACAUAUUAGGUGUUUCCAGUAUUCUCUGAAGUUUGAAAUGUGAAUGACAUUAGUUCUUUUGACAGAUAAGCAGUAGAAUUGUGAUGAUAAUGGAUAACAUGGUUGAUGAAGGUGAUAACGACGCAUGAUGGGUUUCUUGAUGCCAAAAGCAA